CGACCCAAGCCGCAAUGGCUGUUCGCUGGUUGGCGCGUCUGCGUGCGCCUCACGUAAGAAUGGGCCUUACCGUCACUCGUCCACAAAUCUUUGAACAACAGUGAUCUGCGAACACUAGCCUUCGACUCUGCGUCUCUCUGCCUCCUGCAGGCCAAGUCUGCUGAAAGCACAUAAUGACCUCCGGCGCACCUGAACCUACGACCACAGGCUACGCUCCCAACGAGUCAAGGAGGGCUGCGGCUUUGCCAUCUCGAAUUGAGGAGCCAUUCGCACGACAGCAGCGACUUCAGGACAGAGAUCCGUGGGCUGCUUCGCGUCCAGCGCCAGCGCUCAGGUAUGCCAACACACAUCCAGGAGCCAUUCCUACGACACACGCUCAGAACCUGAAAAGCUUUCCACCACCUCCGGGCCUGCCUUCUGGGAAUCGCACUGCGCCCGGCUACCCGCCCUUCAACUCGACCCAAGCACAACGCUGGGCCCGAGAGGAAUGGUCGAGCCGGCCAGCUGGUCCAUAUCAAGAGAUUCCACUUCUCUCUGGCUGGGCCACCUCUCCACUGUCGGGUCAAUUUCAGACCUCACAAACACCAAUGCCUCCCGGAAGUGACCGGAGUCCUCGAUCUGGCUAUGCCGCGUACGGGGGCGCUUGGCCAGGACCACCGCUCCGCCGUAGCUCUUCCGAGGAAGCGAGAAACAGUCCGCUGGUUGGUGCAUUCUUUGGUGGAGACAUGGUGACGAACACGAUUAGCUUACAAUCAAAGACUUUCCCCCAACGACGACCCUCCAACAGAGACGAAUUCGACGGCCCAUCGCAGCUCCUCGACAAGCCCGAAGACAACGGCGUUGAGCCGAAAGAAGAGGACCUGCCACAGCUCCCGAUCACGCUUUACGCGCAGGAACAAGACGAGAUACUCUCAAAAGUGAACGACAGACUUUCCCAGUGUGCAUACGACUUUGUUGCAAAGUACCAGUUCCCCAUCCCCAUCGAGCCCGACAAGCGACCAGUGCGAGUACCCGGCGACCGAGAAUGGUCGGAGUGGGUGUACCUCCUCAAGCGACUCGCGACGAAGAGACGCAUCCCAGCGAGAGUUCUCUACAACGGUCAGAUUAAACAGCUAAUUACAAUCCUCGAGAACAGCUUGGAAAUGAGACAUGCGGCCAAGCAUCAGUCUAGGCCGCUCAAGGACGACAGAAACAUUCUCCAGCUCAUCAGCUCGGGUCUGCAGGUCGCGAAAAUUUUGAAAGAUGCGCCCGCCAUGCAGUACCUCGACAGUCUGUACAUUCAGACAGAACGGCUGAUUCAGAGCCGCAGAGCGCCUACGCCAUCGCCGUUCACCACGUCGAUGUGAUGUGGUGCACCAUCAUUAUUCGGAACACAGACCGGUGUCGGAUGCGAAUUGGGUCUCUGCCUUGCCCGUCGCAUCCUGAACAACAUGAUCACGGACGAUUCGGCACUGCUUCUUAUCACAUCGCAGCAGUUGAAGAAGGCGUGUCAGAAAUUUGACCCAAGGCGGUGGGAAGGCGCGUCGCACGAGGUGUGAGACGCGCACGCGAGAGGUGGAUCAUCAGUGCGUUGCCAACGUCACACCCGCACGCAAUGCAACGCACGAUCGAUCGCUGUAUAAUGUGUAUAACCAACCCAUGUUUAUACUGCGUUUUUGAGAGACAUUUUGACAGAGAGAGCGAAAGAAGAAGAGAAAAUUUACCACACAUACAAGCACAGCAAGCGGCGUUGGGGCGCGCGGGAUUAGAGAGAUGGAUGCAUGCAAGCAGGACAGAUGCAAGAUGGAAGGGAAAUACCGGGAAGAUACGGGAGAUGGAGACGCGCGACGAAAAAGGGCGGUCUCUUCAAGGAUAUCAUCAGAUCAGAUCUUUUUUGGCAUGCACAGUCUUUUUUUUUUCUCAAUCUGCGCAGACAGGCAUAGGGUUUCGACGGCAGGGGUGUCAAGCAGUUACUUUUGACGGGUACGGCAAGGCAGGCAAAGCAGACAAUUGUCAGUCAGGCAGGCAGGCAGGCAGGCAGGCAUUCUUUCGAAGCAAGCGUUGCAGCA